GCCUUUAAUUGCUCAGCAGUUGCAGUAGAAAGCGUAGACCAGAGUACACCCAAAAAGGAAUAUGUUGCGGCUUCAACAAGCGGCAGCCGUGGUGCUGCUCCUGCUUGCCACCAGCAAUGUGGCACAAUCGAAUAAUGACAAGGAUCUGCUCACCGGCCACUCCAUGCCACUGCAAAACAGUUUGGCGCAUCAGUUCUAUGCGCUAGCAGGAAAAUAUAUGGGCGAGGCGAAUACGACGCAUUUGCUUUUGUCCGGCACCAGCGAAAGCUCGAAUCGCGCCUACGAUGAUGAGCUCUGCGACAGGGAUGUGAAUCGUAUACGCGAAGCCAUCGACAAUAUGGAGGAAUGGGCACUCGAAUUUCCGGACUCAUGGGGUCGCCUGCCGAUGGGCUUCUUCUGGGGUCACUCCAUCAGCAUGGGUCAGCAUGAGGAAUGUGUGGCAGCCACCAAUACCUAUGGCAAUGAAAUCCAUGGUCAAUACUGUCUGGCACGCCUGAACAUUACACAGUUCUAUAGCAAGGUGAAGCGUCGCCAUCAGGAACAUACUCGCAUCGAUUAUAAGUACAGGGAUCCCGAGACCUUUGAUCUUGGUAUUUGUAUACCAAGCACUUGCAGUGCCCAGAAGACCGAUUUGUUGCUCAAGCACGCCAUUAGGCAUUUCUAUGGCGAGGAUAAUGUUAAUCUUACCGAUACUUUGGUUCACGAGAAAUGGUGCCGUUAUACUGCUCCCAUCGAGCUGCGUGGUGUGGAUAUCUUUGCCAUCAUAUUCUUCGCAUCGAUCAUUGUCAUUAUGAUUGCUAGCAGCAUCUACGAUUAUGUGCAAACUCAAAAAGGAAACUCAAAGAAACCCUUGUACUUGGCCUUUUCGGUGUUGCACAAUGCACCAAAGAUCUUUACCGUUAAGAAGGUUAACAAUCCCAAUGUAAUCCAUUGUUUGAAUGGUCUGCGCUGCUUCAGCAUGAUGUGGGUGGUGUUUGGCCAUGGCUACAUGACCUUCUAUGAUCUGCCACAUAUCAAUCGCAAUCGUUUCUAUACCUGGGUGCAGACACCUUACUCUAUGCUGGUGCAGAAUGCUUCGCUGUGCGUGGAUACUUUCUUCUUUAUGUCCGGUCUGCUGAUGUGCUGGGGUGCCUUCCGUGAAAUGGACAAGACCAAGGGCAAGCUGAAUAUACCCAUGAUGUAUUUCCAUCGUUAUAUUCGUCUGACACCUGUCGUGGCCGUUGUUGUGCUGUACAUUAUGUCGCUAUAUCGCUAUAGCGGUGAGGGUCCCAUGUGGUUCAGGCUGGGCACACAGGACCAAAAGUGCGCCGACACCUGGUGGGCUACACUGCUCUAUGUGCAGAACUAUGCCUUCCCCUACAGCAUUUGCGUUUCGCAAUCCUGGUACCUGGCUGUGGACACACAACUGUAUGUACUGUCGCCGCUGUUCCUUAUACCGCUUUACAAGUGGGGCAAGAAGGCUUUGAUACCGAUUAGCAUUUUCCUGGUGCUCUGCUUGAUUUGCACUGUAUUCACGUUCAUCCACAAUGACUUUACACUGUUCCGCGUCAUGGACGAUCAUGUUGACUUGCGUCAGCGUCUGACUUAUUAUCCCACACAUACACGCAUGCCCACUUGGCUGCUUGGCGUCAUCUUCGGCUACUUCCUGUUCAAAUACAAUCGUGGACGUCAAAUUCCAAUGGCCAAGCACUGGGUCAUUAUAGGCUGGGUUGUUGCUCUUGGCACCAUGUUGGCCGAUUUGUUUGGCGCCUACUGGCGCAUGCUGCCCGACACUCCUGACUCGCCGCUGAUUGAGGGCGCACUCUUUGAGCCACUGAGUCGCAGCUCCUGGGCUUGCGCCAUUGGCUGGAUCAUUUGGGCCUGCUACAAUGGUCAUGGUGGCAUCAUUAACGAUUUCCUCUCCUGGAGCUUCUUCACCGGCUUCAGUCGGCUGUCCUACUGCAUGUAUGUCAUCCACAGAAUCGUCCAGCAUGUCACCGCUGGUCGUCUGCAAGUCGACACUCACUUCUCCGACUACGAUAUGAUUCUGCGUUGGUGGCACGACUUUGGCAUUUCCUUGACUCUGUCCAUCUUUGCCACGCUCGCCUUCGAAGCUCCCAUUCUGGGCAUUGAGAAGGCCAUCUUUGGCCGUGGCGAUAGCAAGCCUGCGCCCAAGAAGGUUGCUCCUGCCAGCGAACCCGUUGUGGAACCCGUUGCCGCCGCCGCUGCCACGACAACUGCUGCUGAGCUGGAGACCGAAGUGCCAGCAAUUAGCAAAGCUGAGGAUCCAUCGAAGGCUUAAAUAGAAAUUGCAUUGCAAUAUAGUUCACUCCUAUAUACAUAUAUUUACAACUUUUUUCAUAUGAAACGAACC